AUGAAUUAUUUUCCUACAAAAAAUACAAUCCUGUCAAAACGACGUAGUGCUUCAGUGAAUCUCGAUGAUAAAUCAAAACAACUAGGCGCACCGUCUUUACCGAAACUCAAUCGAAAAAGUAAUGCUUCUCGUCAAAAAGUAUCUUCUUUAUUUAUUUUGCCAAGAAACAAACAUUCUGCCAGUGUAAAUACUACAGAAAUGACUGUAUCACCAAGAAGUACUACUGAAACUAUUCCAGGUUUUUAUAAACAAAUUUCACCUCCGAUCAAACCAAGAACAAUAGUUUCGUCAAAAUCAAAAGUAGACCAUUUACCAAUACCAAAGGAAAGAAAAUCAACUAAUAAUAGUCAAACAAUCAAAGACUUUCAUUUCGCCGAAAAACAAAUGACGACUGUAAAUGCAGUAAAUGAACUGGAAAAACUCAUACUACCGAACGUCAACAAUACAGGUCAAAGUUCUUCAGAUGAAAAGAUUUCAACAUCAAAAAAUACAACUCAAUCAACAUGUCCAACUCCUGGCUUGUGUGGUUUGAUUAACAUUGGUAAUACAUGUUACAUGAAUAGUGCUCUUCAAUGUUUGAGUAAUAUUCCUGAACUAACUCAAUGGGCUCUCAAUCAAAAACAGCACUCAACAAGAGAAAAUGAAGAUAUUAUUGCUAUAUAUACUUCUCUAAUACAAUCAAUAUGGUCUGGUGAAAAUACUACUGUUAAUCCUCGAGAUAUUAAAGAAAUAGUUAGUCGUUCUGCUCCGAUAUUUAUUGGACAUGCACAGAGAGAUUCACAUGAGUUUCUGAAUUCUCUUUUGAAUGCUCUUGAAAGAACAAAAUCAAUAUCUAUUAUUGCUGAUCUUUUCCAUAUUCAUACGAAAUCACAGGUAACAUGCACAGGAUGUAAUUUCAUCGAUAUGACUGACGAAAUUACAACAUUUCUUCCACUUCCACUUCCAUUACCAAAACGCAAUUUAUUUAAUAAUGAAAUUUUACUGGAAAAUUUAAUCCAAGAUUUUUGUUUAGAAGAAAAUUUAGAUGGAUUAUACUAUUGCAAUUCAUGUAAACAAUAUGUUCAAGCUAAGCAAAAGACACUUAUAUGUUUACCGUUACCUCGUGUUCUUGUUAUACAAUUAAAACGAUUUCCAUUCGAUCAUACUUUUCAAAAAAUAGAUACAUUCGUUCGUUACAAACUUGAAUAUAAGAACUUGAUAUCGAAUAAUGAUAGAUAUAAAUUAUGUGCUGCAUCUUGUCACGUCGGAAGUUUAUCUUGUGGACAUUAUACAACCGUAGCCAAGAAUGCCUUGAGACAUCAAUGGUAUGAAUUUAAUGAUAAUCGUGUCAAUGAAAUUAAUCAGAACGCUAUUAUUACAAGUAAUGCUUACGUACUUGUAUAUUUAAAGUCAGAUGAUUCGAAUAGUUCUAUAUCUUAA